AUGACCUGCUCCUCUGCUAGCGCCGAUCAAAUCUCUUCCGGUCAAGCUGGCACCCCCGAUGCUCCGCUCGAGCGUCCCGCGUACACGAUCCCUGCCCAGUACCUCCAGGUCGUUGACGGCUGGAUCAACACAUUCACCCAGAACUCCAAGACACCCACGACGAUCACGUUCAAGGCGAGUGACGCCAGUUCGUCAUCUUGGCAGGACCUUGGUCACUCCAACGACACUGUUCAGGUGACCGCACCGUACUGCAGUUUUUUCAGCGCAACAUACACCGAGAACAACGUAACUGUGACCAAGAAUGUUACCGCGGAAGAAGCCGGAGCUGAGUUGGAGGUCACUAUUACCGCUACUGGCUUCCAAAGCUUUUCUAUUGCCCCCGGAAACUGGAACCCGAGCCAGCUUGCUGGUUUGCCCAUCGUCGCCGACGCCGAUCCCAACCUUAGCAAGCCUAUGGCGGUUGUCAACCAGGCAAUUCUCGCGUACGGUGUUGGCAUGGAGGUGAAGCUUUCUUCCUCCGCCGCAUCCACCAUCAACAACUACAUGGACAAGGCCAGCUCCAGCGGUGGCAGGGCGUCCAUCUUUGGCUUCAACAUCGGUCUAGGAGGUGACGCCAACUCCACUCAGACCUCAACCACCACCUUUGACCAAGUCAAGAACGCCAGCUCCAGCACUAGUUUCACCAUUCCCCCAUCUGACAACUCCAACCCUACCUUGUUGGGUGUCUUUGGCCAGGCCAUCCCUCUUCCCAACAAAACAUAG